UUUUCUUUUUUCACACAUCGUCAAAAAAAUUGAAAGAAAAUUUCGCCACGGAAGUAAUCAGUCAUCUAUUUCUCCAACAUUGUGGGUUUUUCAAUUAUUCCAAUUAGUUUUAUAGAUUUUUAGAGUUAGUUUAGGUGUUUUUAGUGGCGGUUCAUAAGGGUGUACCUAGUUAAGAACAUAAAAGUGCUGAAAAAUAUUUUAAAGUUUUUCUUUGAUUUACGUCGUGUCUGUGAGUUUUGAAGGAGGCCAUCUUUGCAGUCUAUUGAGAGGUCCUGGGCUGGCCGUUUCAUUGUCUGGUGAAAAGCCAGUUUUUUAUUUCUUAUACAGUAAAUCAAAUGGCUUUAAAAAGAAUUAAUAAGGAAUUACAAGACCUCGGCAGAGAUCCUCCAGCACAAUGUUCAGCAGGACCUGUUGGAGAUGACUUAUUUCAUUGGCAAGCCACAAUUAUGGGACCGCCCGAUAGUCCAUACCAGGGUGGCGUAUUUUUCUUAACAAUUCACUUUCCAACAGACUAUCCUUUUAAGCCUCCAAAAGUUGCAUUCACAACAAGAAUCUAUCAUCCAAACAUAAAUAGCAAUGGUAGUAUUUGCCUUGAUAUAUUAAGGUCACAAUGGUCUCCAGCCUUAACUAUUUCAAAAGUACUUUUAUCUAUCUGCUCAUUGCUGUGCGACCCGAACCCAGACGAUCCACUAGUUCCCGAAAUCGCUAGGAUAUACAAAACAGACCGUGAAAAGUACAAUGAACUAGCGCGCGAAUGGACCCGCAAGUAUGCUAUGUGAUGGCCCGGCCCCCAACAUCCGCACUUCACCUAAUUAGAUGAAACAGAAAAAAACAAAAAGCAAAUCUUAUUUAAUUUAACAAACACAUUAUCAUCAAAACAGCAGCAUCGUCGACAUCAGGGGGGAUGGUUCAGUUUCCGUAGCUCGACAGCAAACCUUGUACAUUUUUCGCUUUUUUGCUGUUCCUCCCACCUUCGACCACAAUAUAUUUAUACAUACACACAACUACUAUAUCUCGCCUACAUUUUAAAACAAGACAACUUUGUAACGUGCGAACUUUUCUAUUAGCCGGUUCGAAGCGUAUAUUGUGGCCGCAAGGGGCACCUGUUGGGUUUUUGUUCCUGGUUCCGCUACGAGUAGAUGGGACGGUUCUACUAGGGACGAUCGUGCCAAGCACAGCCUCCGUCCAGAAUCUCCCUCCUAUCUACUUUCCGCAGCAGGUUGCACCACGUCCCGGGUCCCGGAUUCCUCCCCAACCGUUGAUUAUAUCCUUAAAGUAAUGUUAGUUAAAUUGAUACUGUAGAUUCUUGUGGUUUAACUAGGUGUAUAAAAAUAAACUUAUUUUUUUUCUAGAGACUUUUUUAAACUUUACAGUCGGCAGAAAUGUAUGCAAGGUGAAACUUGUAAUAAAUUCAGUAAAUCAAAGAUUUUUUUUAAGGAGGUAUACACGAACACGUCGAUUAUUUUAAAAUACUCUCUUUUUGAUGUAUUAAUGUUUAAACACCAUUUAAGCAAAACUCGCUUCGAGCAUUUCUGAUUAUUUUGCCAAAAUGUAACCCACACGUCUUAUUCGUUUUUUAAACUACACAAUGUUUCUCACAAAAUUAUUUUAAAAAACUAAUCGAGGUAUCUGAACAUAUGUCCAUUAAAAAUAUGUCUUUGGUUUACUUAAUUUAUUCCAAGUUAGAAUCGCCCUGUAUACGCGGUUGAGUUUUACCCUAAUCUUUGCGACGAGCUAGGACAGUUUAUUUCUAGAACACUUUUUUUACAUUUCAUCUGUCUGGUCAAUAUUAAGUCGUAGAGAUUAAUGUAAAAUUUGACCUGUGAUCUGAAAUAGUUGUAAUUUUAGGUAGCAUUUAUAGGUUCAGCAUUAAUAUAAUUACUGCAUAAUAUUUACUUUUUACUGCAAUUGGCGCAGGUCUACAUCGUAUUUAUGUGUAAUAUCUGAUUAAGAAUGAUCUACAUUUAUAUUAUAGCAAGGCGAUCAUUAAGCUUAUUGAGAUGGCAACAAAAUCGAAUUUUGGUUUUAACAAUACUCGUAGUUGAUGGUAAUUUACGUAUUUUUUUCAAUAUUUACAGUACUCUAUUUUUAAUGCUAUGUCAAAUAUUAAAUAUCAAAAACCAAAGAUUAUUAGUGAAUACAGAAAAGCAAUCAAUAUUUGUAGUUAAAUUGAAAAACAGAUUAGUGUCAUCUCAAGGCAGUUGUUUUAAUAUGUAAAAGUAAAAAUGUCAGUUAUAUACGGAAUAAAGGUUAUGUUGGGAAGUUAACAAGCGAAGAGUUAUGAUUUCCUGCCCUCUAGUGGCUUGGAUGCAAAUAUUCUAGUUGUCAGCAAGUGCAGUAAAAGCAAGGUUUAAAUCAAAAUGCGAUUUCAAAGCCAUUUUUUGUGAUCUUACGGUACAUAGAAACAAAGGAAUCAAAAUGACAAUUAAUUAUGUUUUAUCAUCUUCUCUUUAUUUUUAUCAACUUAUUUUUCUCUAGGAUUUUUUUUUAAUAAAAGGCAAAUGCAAAUUAUAUCUUAAAAUUAAAGCUAGACUUGUCUUAUUUUGAGUGAUGGACAUUGUAAAAUGAUUUUAAAUUUAUGUUUUCAAUAUCAUACUAAACUUUAGUUCUAAGGUGAUAUUGAGUUUUUACACUAAAAAUAAUAAAGUGAUAGAAAAUUUGGAAGUUUUUGUUUCAUUUUUGGGUAUAUUAAGAGCUGUUAUUUUUCAAAAUAAGACAAAAUGAGAGAUCUUUGUGUAUUAUAUCAACAUGUAAUCUUUUUUAUACUAACGUAAACGCAUA